UUCAUUCAAUUCACAUUUAAGACUCAUGACGAAUAGUUGUGGAUGGCGUGUGUGUGUGUUUUGGGUGAACCGUGAUUGCAAUAGAAAAAAAAACGUGAAAAUUUAUGCAUUUUCAAUGACAAAAUGAAGCAAAUUCUGAAAUAAAACUAUCACUUUGAUAUGAUUCGAUAGCAAAAAAAUCCCAUAAAUUUGCAAACAAUAGUAAAAAGUGAAAUGUCAAAUAAAAAAAGUUGAAACAAAAACUUAAUUGAUGGAACUUUUUUUUCUAUUGUACGAUACGUCGAUGUAAAUUUAUUUGUGGUGUGUAAAUAUCAAACACGAAAAAUAAAUAAAAUAAUCAACCAAAUGGAAACAUUAUAAACAAAUUUACAUAUUGAAUGUCAAUAGUUUAAGAUUUUCAACAAUUAAAUGACCAAAAAUCGAAAGCGGGAAAUUGUUUUCCAAAAACAUUGGAUAGACUAAGGCAUUUGUGCGUGGACUUCUCUAUAAGUGUAUUUUAAAAAGAAAGAAAGAAAUUAUAAUCAAAUAACCAAUUUCGAAAUAAAAAAAUUCGGGAUAACUUUUUGGCUGAUGUCUUUAUAUUUUAAAAAUGGUGAAAAAAGUGCUCUCGUCGGGGUAUACAAUUAGGGCGUUUAUUAAUAUAUCAAAUCAUGACAGAGGAACAUGAAGAUGACUUUCUAGUUAAAGUUCGAGCACAGGUGAUGACAAGAGAUGAGAGUACGGAGGGCUGGUUACCUUUGGCUGGAGGUGGUUUAGCAAAUGUAUCGAUUCGAAAACGGGCUAGGCUACCUCCUGAAGUUGGCGGCCACGAAUAUAUAAUUUAUGGGCAGCGAAUCUCUGAUCAAACCAUAAUCUUAAGUUGUGUUAUCAAUCGAGAUCUUCAAUAUAAUAAAGUAAUGCCCACUUUUCAUCACUGGCGUGCUGGAAAACAACGUAAUGGUCUUACAUUUCAAACGGCUGCCGACGCAAGAGCAUUCGAUAAGGGUAUUAUUCGAGCUUAUGAUGAACUAAUUCAUGGCUUGAAUAUGGUCAACUCAUCUCAAUGGCCCAAAAUCAAUAAGUAUAACACUCAAAUUGAUGAUGAUGAUGUGUUUAUGACACUCGAAUUACCCCUGGAUCCAUCGGAAUCGAGAUCAUCCUCUGGAAACGGAAGCCAAGCUAGUGGAUGCGGUGGCUGCGAACUGAAUGUUGAUGGUGCAGCAAAACACCGGCAACUACCACAACAAAUACCUACAAGUCAUGCACCGCCUAUAUCGGGCGAAAAUUAUUCGUACGUCCAAUUAACAGCAGUGCAUGAACCAGUGAAAGCAUUGUGCGAACAUCGACCGGAAGCCAUACAAUCCGAUUUUGAUAGUGAGCCGAUUAAUUUAAUUCGUACGGAUACAAAACGGGAAUCAUGUGCUAGUAUAAAAAAACCAUAUUCAACUGAUGCUGUUGCACAAUCACACAAAGAAUUGGUGCACACAAAACGAGUGCGCUGCAGAUACUGCCAAGAAUUUUUCACGGAAGAAUUUAAUCGAAAAGGAGCUUGUGAAUUUGCGCCUGAUUGCUUUAAGGCUAGUCUCGAAUAUACAACAGCUAUGAAAUGUGCCCGAUGCAUGUUGUACCAUUGUAUGAGCGACUCAGAAGGUGAAAUGCCACAACAUCCAUGUGAAUGUGUACCUGAAGAAAGUGUCUGCUCAAAAAGAUGGAUCGGCUUGUUUCUUUUAUCGAUGAUAUUUCCUUGUUUGUGUUUGUAUCCAGCAUGUCAUGGUUGUCAUAAAAUUGGUAUAUGUUGUGGUAUCUGUGGCGGACGACAUAGCUCGCAAAUGUGAUAAAUAAGAAAUUAAACACAUUUCACAAUGUAUCUGACUGUAAUUUUUUCGAACAGUUGAUUUGACACAGAGUGCUAGAAAAACCGAUAAAAUUGAACAAAAAUGAGUUCCAAACCGGUCGCCCCAAGAGCACAAAUAUUACCAAGACGCCUGAACCGCUUCCGUCUGCUCAAUAGCACAUUUUCAUUUUAUUUAAUUUUUUUUAUCUGGCGAUCUAUUCAAAAAAAAUUUGUUUCCUUUCGAAAUUGACAUAGAAAAGAGCAUUGGCAACUGCUUCGAAAAACGGAGAGAAAUGAUUCCAGUGAAACUUCUCGAUAACGAAUUUUCAAUACGACCGAGAAAAAUUCUGCUAAGUACAGUUUUAUCUCCUAUAUUUUGUACCGAAAAUUUGAAUACAGACUAAAUUCAAAAUCCGUGAGUUUCCCGUUAUUGAGAGAUAUUAACUGACUGACAGAGUCUUUAUUAUUAAAAUCAGUUGCAUGGCAUAUAAAAGACAUAAAAAAAGAACAAUGGAAGGGUAUAUAUUUUUUUUUUUUGCUUUUCUGUUCGAUUUUUCAUAAUUUUUUUGGGACAUAUGUUUGUGUUGCGUAUUGGUCAAAAGAGGGUGUACACCAGUACAAUAUAUACAUAUGUAUAUUUAUGUGCGUAUUGGCGUAACAUUAAUUUCCAUCACAUUUGAAGAAAAACAAAAUAAUAAUAAAUAAUGUAAAUCCAUUGAAAUUGUACGAAAUCUAAAUUAACCGGUUAUUUUAAAUAAAAAUUAGUAUCCCAACAAGUGGAGAAUUUAACAAAAUAAAUUUUACUUAAAUAGAUUUAAAAUGUCUUCUUGUUGGUAGCCAUAAAUGUUGAAUUACAUCUGUUUUUAAGUAAAACUAAAUUCAUUUAGUUGCCUGUAUCCGAAUUUAUUGUUUCAGCGUUUAUGUUUUCAUAAUGUACAUCAAAUGGAAUUCAUCGGCCGAAACAUUUCAAAUUAUGAAUACAAACACGAAACGUGUGUGCAUUUUAAGAUUUUCAAUUUUUCAAAUAUUUCGAUUUCGAAUUCUAUAAAAAAAAGUAUUUGAUUGCUUUCAAUUUACAAGUGAUAGAUGAUCCAUAUAUAUAUAUUUUGGUGAGUUCACAUUUUCAAGCUAUUUUCACCUCAUUUUUAUAAAAGAAAAAAUUAAAUGGCUCUGUUUACGCUUCCAUUUCAAACUCGAUGUAUAUGAGAAACUUCACUGAUAACACACAAAAAUCGAAUCUUCAACUGUACAAAACAAUUAUUAUUCUUAAUACGACCAAAAGUUAAUCCAAGUACAAUAAAUUAAUCUAAAAUGGAUUCGGAAAAUUCCAAACCAAAAAUGUAAAAAAAAUAUAUAUGCAAAAAUAGAAGAUGUUUCAAACCCGUUCAUUAACAUAACAAUCAAAACGAAGUGUUGAGCCAAUUAUGCGGCUCAUACACUUACCUGAAUCUCAAUAUCAAUUUCGUUGAUGAGCGAUUUAAGAAUAAUUAUUUUUUCGACACUCAUUGGUUGCUAGACACCUGUAAUUAAAUUUCACCAUAUUGGGUGGUGUAAUUUCAAUGCGUAAAAAAUAAAUAUUACUGCGACUUUUGAUUAAAUUAUGUAAAAAAAAACAUAUUUGUAUAAAUGAUUAACAAAUUGCAAUGUGAAAUUUUAUAAUGAGCACUUCCGUCAAGCAUAGAAAACUGAUUAAGCUAAAAAACUGCCCACCAAUUAAUACGAUUGAAAUGAAAAUUAGCCCACGCAUUUAAGUCUGGUGGGCUAAUAUAAUGUUAGCAAUUAUGGAUUGGAACAUCAUUUUCACACUGAAAAGUGAUCCUUCCUGCAACCAAAUCGCUUGAGAUUCAUCAGAAUACUUCAAAGUACAGGGAUGUCAAAAAGAUUCUUUGCUGGCAUAUAAGGAGUACACUAGUUUUAAAUCGUUCUUGUGCUGUAAUUGAAGUCAUCAUUUCGAAAAACCUGGAAAGUCUUUUUUUUACAAAAUCGAUUACCAUAUUUUAAUAUUUUUCAAAGAACCUUGCCAAAUCUAUAUGGUUGUCUCUGUUAUUCCCAUAAAAAUUCACAGUUGAGUUUGACAGCUGGAUAACUUUUUGGCAUUGUUCUUUGAAUACCAGAAAUAGUAGUUAGAAGCCGGCUUUAGUAAGUACAAUAGAUAAAAGAGUUGAGUCAAGAUUUUGUUGGUGACAGUACCGUGCAGCAAAUAGUCAAUCAGCCUAUCAUGUGAAGGAAUUUCAAGAAUUAUGACGUAUUUUUUUUUGUGGAAAGCCAACCAUCAAUAUACUGCUGUGUUCUUUUUGCUCUAGUCUUCAGUUAAUAGUAUUGGGAUCAGGAUACUCAUACUACUAUUGUUUUAUUCAUCACAUUCCAUAAGCUCAAGAAAUUCGUGACCAAGAGAAAGUUGUUCAUUUGAAAGCACUGUCUGCUGAGCAAGAGUCAUCUUUUGAACAGCUCUUUGCACAACUGUAUUCGUUUUCGUUAUAGUUUGACAAUGGAAUGCGAUGGCGUAAAGUCACCAAGAAGUGAUUGAAAUCGUUUGGUUUCUAUUGCGAAAAAUCUCAACACUAUUUUGUGUUUUUUCAAUUUUUCGACACUGCCACACUACACAACCUACAUAAGAGAUAUCGGUUCAAUUGUUUUCUGGCUUCACAAUCAAAGGUUCACAUUUCAAAUACAGCAGAAGAACAAAUUUGAAAUUAGUGCUCUUUUGACACCCCUGUAUACACUUUGAGUUUUCUCAAUAAUACGUAGACAAAAAUCAUAAAAUAUAAAUUAAAUUUUCCAUCGAACAAUAUCAUUAAAAACAAUAUCUAUGCUCGGUGCGCAAUUAUUCAUUGUAAAAUUUCGUACUGUCUAUUUAAAAGAAGUAUCGUAUGUUUUUAUUUCAAAUUUUGCGGACAAUUGUUAAUGUAUUUGUACAUACACUACUAUCAAUUCAGAAUCAAAUGAAAAAAGAUACCCGAAUGCAACUAUGCAAUAAAAAUGGUGUGCUUCAGAAAAUAUAUUU